GACGGUACGUAGUAAAAAAGGGCAGGCCGACUGGUGAGAUUACAGCGCUCGUCGCUAUUUGAUACGCGAUAAAUGCUACAUUUGCAAACGAGCAGGUUUAUUUUUGAAAAUUCCCACUAUAUAUUGCGUAAUAACGUAUUUAGAAAUUGAUUUGUAGGUGAAUGCACGUAUAGUCAUAUUGAAUUAACGUUAGUACAGAAACGAACGCACUCCGACCAAAGCUAACGCUGCAAAAUGCGAGGUGGCUCUUAUGGAGACCGAGACAGGGACAGGGACCGAGACCGUGGUCGAGACAGACCACGGUUUGGGGCACCAAGUGGUCGAAGCAGUGGCCCUCCACCUAUGAAGUUUGGAAAUCCAGGGGAGCGACUUCGUAAAAAGAGAUGGAACCUAGAUGAAUUGCCCAAGUUUGAAAAGAAUUUUUAUGCUGAACACCAAGAAGUGCAACGAAUGACUCAGUACGAUGUUGAAGAGUUUCGCCGAAAGAAGGAGAUCACACUUCGAGGCUCUGGAUGUCCACGACCUGUGACAGCUUUUCACCAGGCUCAGUUUCCCCAAUAUGUGAUGGAUACUUUGAUGCAGCAGAAUUUCAAAGAGCCCACAGCCAUCCAGGCUCAGGGUUUCCCUGUGGCUUUGAGUGGCAGAGACAUGGUGGGCAUUGCUCAGACUGGUUCUGGGAAGACACUGUCUUAUCUUCUCCCUGCUAUUGUGCACAUCAAUCACCAGCCAUACCUGGAGAGGGGUGAUGGUCCAAUUUGUUUAGUGCUUGCACCUACGAGAGAGCUGGCCCAGCAAGUCCAACAGGUUGCAUAUGACUAUGGAAAGUCAUCACGGAUCAAAAGCACAUGUGUCUAUGGUGGAGCACCCAAAGGACCACAGAUCCGAGACCUUGAGAGAGGUGUGGAGAUUUGCAUUGCCACCCCUGGUCGUCUCAUAGACUUUUUGGAGGCAGGAAAGACUAACUUGCGUCGAUGCACGUACUUAGUGCUGGAUGAGGCCGAUCGCAUGCUUGACAUGGGUUUUGAGCCUCAAAUUCGCAAAAUAGUGGAGCAAAUCAGGCCUGACCGACAGACCCUGAUGUGGAGUGCGACCUGGCCAAAGGAAGUUCGACAGCUUGCUGAAGACUUUCUCAGAGACUACAUCCAAAUCAAUGUUGGUGCACUGGAGCUGAGUGCCAACCACAAUAUCCUGCAAAUAGUGGAUGUGUGCAUGGAAAAUGAAAAGGACAACAAACUUAUUCAACUUAUGGAGGAGAUUAUGGCUGAAAAGGAGAACAAAACCAUAAUUUUUGUAGAGACCAAGAAGCGUUGUGAUGAUCUAACCCGGAGGAUGAGGCGAGAUGGUUGGCCUGCUAUGUGUAUCCAUGGAGAUAAGAGUCAACCAGAAAGAGACUGGGUGCUCACAGAAUUCAGAAGUGGCAAAGCCCCCAUUCUGAUUGCCACCGAUGUAGCUUCACGUGGUCUGGAUGUGGAGGAUGUCAAGUUCGUCAUCAACUAUGACUAUCCCAGCUCCUCUGAGGACUACGUUCACCGUAUAGGACGUACAGCCCGCAGCACCAACAAAGGCACUGCCUAUACAUUCUUCACCCCAGGAAACCUCCGCCAGGCCCGAGACCUGGUCCGAGUUCUGGAGGAGGCCCGACAGGCCAUCAACCCCAAACUGCUACAGCUCCUGGACUCAGGGCGGGGAGGAGGGGGAGGCGGUGGACGCAUGCGCUUUCGCGGCAACAAUUCUAACAACCCCAACCUCAUGUAUCAAGAGGAAACCGAGCGGCGUAUGCGCACAGGUGGAGCCAGCAAAGAUGGGCGCGGCAGCUUCAACCGUGACAGCCGCAAUAACCGCGAUGGGGACCGCUCCAACUCCUCUUCCUCCUUCAGAGAUCGAGAUCGUAGAAACAACUUCAACAACUCAGAUCAGUACAACAACUACAACAGCGGCGGAGGCAGCUACAACUCCCGCAGCGGCCCGCCAGGGGGAGGGGGCCCAGAACAGCCCAACCAACCACCGGGUCAGUAUGGCCAGCCACCCCCACCUCCACCCACUGGAGCCCCACAGCCUCUCAUGGCUCAGCAGUUCCCCCCACCUCAGCCUCCCCUUAUGGGCUUCAUGGGCCAGCCUCCAUAUCCCUUUAACACACCCCCUCCACCCCCUCCAGGACCCCCACCUCCUCGAAAGUAACUCAUUAUUUUUAUUUUGUGUUUACAGUGUAUCUUUACUUGUGUGCCCAAAUGUUUUGUAUAAUGUAGUAAGGGCUUAUAUAUUUGUAGUCAUCAUUUCUACUAAUUUCUUCUUUAUCCACACUGCCUACCUGUGUUUAUGAAAGCCUUGGUUAUCAAAUUUUCUGUGAAACUUUGUACUAUGUAAAGUAGUAGACCUACUCAGAGAAAGUGUAUCACGAGUGUGCUGCAGAAAUCAGUUCUGAUCAAUAUUCUUACAUUCCAGUGUUGCUUGUCCUUACCUUUUUAGAGUAAAAUUUAUACCCGAUUCAAAAAAGGGGGCAGUAACUUUACGUAGAAAUUUAUAGACAGUGCUUGUACUAACCUGUACUGGCCCAAUUGUUUAUACACAAACCCGUGCUUCAGUCUUCCUUAUGCUUUAUGAUUAGAUGCAUUUUCCACGCAUGCCUUUCCAGCGUGUUAAUGAAGCUCUGUUACUUGACUUGUUACCUGCUACUUGUAAUAUAAUAGUUUUUUUGUAGUUUUCUUUCCCCAAUAAAUUGUGUU